AUGGUAGAAAUUAUUAUGUUUAGAUAUCUUCUUCAUCAUCCUCAAGAAAAUGAUGAAUCUGGAAGUGCAAAAUUGAGUCCACCGUUGAAAAAAAGAUUUUUGGAAUUCGAUUUGGAAAAGCUUCCUGGUUUAAGGCCAAAAAUUUCGGAUUAUCACCCAAGUGAUAGAAAUGAAAUUAGAAGAUAUUAUUUACAAAAAGGUCCUUGUCAACCAAAAGAGAUUAAUUUUCCGCAAAGAAAAUUUGGAGAUACUUUUCGUAAGUUCAACCUGAAUUGGUAUUUAAAAUAUGGUAAUUGGUUAGAAUAUAGUCAAAAGGAGGAUACCGCGUAUUGCUUGUGUUGCUAUCUUAUGGGAUCACAUGUUGGAGAGCAUAAAGGUUGUGGUGAUGCCUUCAUAACAAAAGGUUUUACAAAUUGGAAAAAAAGUGAAAGAUUUCGAGUUCAUCUUGGAGAUACAAAUAGCUCUCAUAAUCAAGCAUGGAAAAAUUGUCAAGCUCUAAUGAAACAAAAGCAACAUAUUGAAGGUGUCUUAUGUAAACAAUCCAAUCAAGCUAAAGAGGAUUAUCAAAUUCAUUUAACGGGUAUAAUUGAUUGCAUUCGAUUUUUAUUAGCUCAAGGUUUAGCUUUCCGUGGUAACGAUGAGUCCAUAUCAUCAAGAAAUAAAGGAAAUUUUAUGGAACUUAUGGAUUUUCUUAUCGACCAUAAUGAAGCCAUUUAUAAAGUUUGGAAUAAUUGUCGGGGAAAACUUAAGUUAACAUCUCCUAAAAUUCAAAAGGAUGUUGUUAAAGCUGCUGCGAGUGCCACCAUUCAAAUUAUUCUUGAUGAUGUUGGAGAUAAUUUAUUUUCUAUUUUAAUUGAUGAAUCUCGAGGUGUCUCAGUUAAGGAGCAAAUGGUUGUGGCUUUACGCUAUGUGAAUAAGAAAGGGCAUGUUGUUGAGCGUUUUCUUGGUGUUGUUCAUGUUGCUAAUACUAGUGCUCUAACACUAAAAUCAGCUUUGGAGUCAUCAUUUGCGAAAUAUGGCUUAAGUUUGUCAAGGAUACAUGGAAAACACUAUGAUGGAGCAAGUAACAUAAUGCAAGGGGAAUACAAUGGUCUCAAAAGCUUGAUAUUGAAAGAUAAUUGCUCAGCAUUUUUUAUUCAUUGUUUUGCCCAUCAACUCCAAUUAGCUCUUAUGACAUUAGCAAAAAAACAUUUUGAAAUCGCAUUAUUUUUUAAUUUGGUUGCUAAUUUGUCUAAUGUUGUUGGAGCAUCAUGUAAGCGUCGAGAUAUUCUUCGUGAAAGUCAAAUUAAAAAGGUGAAGGAAGCAUUACAAGAAGGGGAAAUCUCUAGUGGGCGUGGCUUGAAUCAAGAAACUACAAUUAAGAAGGCGUGA